UAGGAAUGGAAUACCAUUCAAUGUUGCUAAAUCAAAAAGUUUCAAGUUGAUGAUUGAGGCGAUUGGAACCUAUGGUCCUCAUUUAAAGCCUCCAAGCUAUCAUGAAUUGAGAGUUCCACUCCUUAAAAAAGAGUUGGAAUACACGAAGGGCUUAUUGAGGGGUCAUGAGGAGGAGCGAAUCAAAUAUGGGUGUUCAAUUAUGUCAGAUGGUUGGACGGAUAGGAAGAAUAGAAUUUUGAUUAACUUUUUGGUAAAUUGUUCGUUGGGAACACAAUUUGUGAGGAGUGUGGAUGCUUCUGAAUACAUGAAGACUGGUCAGAAGAUCUUUGAGCUUUUGGAUAGCUUUGUUGAGGAGAUUGGAGAAAAGAAUGUUAUUCAAGUGGUGACGGACAAUGGAAGUAAUUAUGUGUUGGCGGGUAAAAUUUUACAAGUCACGAGACCAAAAAUAUUUUGGACUCCAUGUGCUGCACAUUGUCUUGACUUGAUGCUAGAAGAUAUUGGAAAGAUCCCAAAAGUAAAAAGGGUUAUACAGAGAGGCAUCAGGCUUGUAGGCUACAUUUACAACCAUACAUUGGCUUUGAACACCAUGAGGAAAUUCACACAAAAAACUGAAUUAGUGAGACAUGGAGUUACAAGAUUUGCUACCACUUUCUUAACUUUGCAAAGAUUGCAUAAGCAAAAGGCCAAUCUUAGAAGGAUGUUUACUUCAGAUGAAUGGUUGAAGUCUAAGGCAGCUAAAGAGCCCAAGGGGAAGCAAGCAACAGAUGUUGUUCUUAUGCCAUCAUUUUGGAAUGAUGUUGUUUAUGCUUUAAAGGCAAUGGGGCCUCUUGUAAGUGUGUUGAGGUUGGUGGAUAAUGAAAAAAAACCUGCAAUAGGUUUCAUUUAUGAAGCAAAGGAUAGGGCCAAAGAAGCAAUUCAAAGAGCUUUCAAUAACAAUGAAGGGAAGUAUAAAGAUAUCCUUGCAAUCAUUGAUAAAAGAUGGGAUUGCCAACUUCACCACCCUUUGCAUUCAACGGGUUAUUAUCUAAAUCCAAAGUUCUUUUACACUGAUCCAAACAUUGACAGUGAUAAUGAAGUGGUGGAUGGCCUCUACAAAUGUAUUGAUAAGCUUAGUGAAGAUGAUGAUUUUGUAGUUGAAGUUCACAAACAAUUGCUAGUGUAUAAAAGGGCUGGGGAGAGGUUUGGUAUGACUGCAGCAACGAAAGCAAGGACUGAAAUAUCUCCUGCUGAGUGGUGGAAAUUGUAUGGAGGAAAAACACCAUACUUGCAAACCAUUGCUAUUAAAGUUCUAAGUUUGACUUGUAGCUCAUCAGGAUGUGAGCGUAAUUGGAGUACCUUUGAGCAUAUUCACUCAAAGAAGACAAGUAGGCUCGAGCACCAAAAGCUUCAAGAUUUGGUUUAUGUUAAGUAUAAUCAAGCUCUUCUAGAUCGCUUUGAGUGUCAUGAUGUGAUUGAUCCUAUUGCUUUAAAUGAUAUUGAUGAUAGCAAUGAGUGGUUAUUGGGAGAAUUGGAAGGAGAUGAAGCUGGUAAUGAUUUGGUUUUUGAUGAUGAUGAUUUGAAUUGGUUAGAUGUUGCUGAGGCAACUGGGGCUGGUGAACCUUUACAAAAUACAAGGAGUCAAACACAUAUAAGCAAGGCAGCAGCUUCGUAUGCUUUUACAACUAGAAUUAAGCUUUACGUCGACAUUGAUCAAGGUGAUAGCUUGUUAAUCCCGGCUGGCAAGUUUGUCACAAAUUUAAGGCAUGAUUAUGAUUGUCAAGAUGAUGUUCAUGGUGACCAUGAUGACUUUGACUAUGAUAAUGUAGAUGAGGAUGUGGAGAUUCCAGAAGAAAAAUCAUUUAACUCAGAAGAUGAGGGUGUCAACCUCAUUAAUCAACAAGGACAUGGUAUACAAUAUUAG